CAUCAAUCUUCUACUUACCACCUGAACCACACCGUCCACGCCCUUGUCUUGACAAGCACAUCCGGCUUUAAGAACAAGGUCUACACUCUCGAAAUCGAACUUGAGAAGUCGGAGUAUCCAUUAACCUCACAAAUCAUCACAUCAUGGCCACCCCUCUACGCAACCUCAAUGGCCUCGACGGCUUUGGAUCAACUACCAAUAAACCCAUGACUCUCACCGUCCUCGGCUGCGGUACUCUGGGGAUCGCUAUUCUUGGCGGCAUCCUCUCCAGCAUCAGCACUACCUCAACUGCUCCUUCCCCAGCCUAUCCCGACUCCGGCACCGCAACUCCCACCACCGACGGUCCACCGCAACGAACCCCCACCAACUUCAUCGCCCUCGUGCGACGCCCCGAAUCCUCGAAACGUAUUAAACGAGCCGUUGCCGAAUACACCUCCACGCCCGUCACCGUCUAUCAGAAUGAGAAUGUCCGCGGUGUGACCGCGGCUGACGUGGUUAUUCUCGGUUGCAAACCCUACAUGGUGGAAGAUAUUCUACGAGAGCCAGGAAUCAAAGAAGCCCUAGCAGGGAAAUUACUCAUUUCUAUCUGUGCCGGAGUUCCUGUCGAACAAAUCGGACGAGCGCUAUACGGCGAAUCAUAUCCUCAAGGAGCUGGCGACAAUGCAUGCCGGAUCGUUCGAGUCAUGCCCAACACCGCGGCAGUGGUGCGCGAAAGCAUGACAGUCAUUGCAACAAGUACGCCACCUCUAGCGCCGGAGCAGAAUGCUUUGGUAGAAUGGAUUUUCACUCGGAUCGGUCGAGUCGUCCAUCUUCCCCCAAGUAUGAUGGAUGUGUCCACCGCACUGUGCGGGUCUGGUCCUGCGUUCCUUGCUCUCAUGAUGGAGAGUUUGGCUGAUGGUGCUGUGGCCAUGGGCCUUCCUCGUGCAGAAGCACAGUUGAUGGCUGCUCAGACAAUGAGAGGCACAGCUGGGAUGGUGUUGGCUGGCGAACAUCCUGCCUUGGUGAGGGAAAAAGUCAGUACUCCCGGUGGAUGCACGAUUGGUGGUUUACUGGUUUUGGAAGAAGGUCGAGUUCGGGGAACUGUGGCAAGGAGUGUAAGAGAAGCCACUGUUGUCGCUUCACAGCUUGGUAGAGGUGUGAGUGGAGUCAAUGGUACCAGGUUCGAAAGGCAGUAACGAGGCAAUCAAGAUUGGUUGAGAUGGAAAUGAAUUAGGCGUCAAUGAUACGAUUAUAGAUUUGUAUAUACGGCAAUAAAGGUAGAGCUCGGCGUCGCCAGUUGGAC